AUGGCUCACCCCCACAGGGAGAUGACAAACGGGGGCGGGCGCCUCCGCGUCCACAACGGGGGGCAGGCCGGGGGGUCCCACUGCUACAUGCUGAAGAGGCAACAACAAGGACACCGACGGAGGUCGUCCUCGCCCAUGGGCCGAGUUAUCCUCAUCAAUGCUCCUGUACAGGGUGGAGAUGACAGUGAAGACAUCCGCACGGUGACGGUGGACAAGACUGCGGACGGCCGUCUGGGUUUUAGCGUCAGGGGCGGCUCUGAACACGGACUGGGGGUUUUUGUCAGCAGGGUGGACGACCACGGCUCAGCAGCUCAGGCCGGGCUGGCCGCGGGCGACAGGCUUGUGGAGGUGAACGGCGUGAGCCUGGAGAGCAUCACGAUGGGCAGCGCCGUCAAGGUCCUGACGGGAAACAGCCGUCUCAGGAUGGCGGUGAGGCACGUGGGCAAGAUCCCCGGCAUACGCUACUCCAAGGAGAAGACCACCUGGGUGGACCUGAUUCACAGGAGGAUUGUGGUGGAGGAGGGCGGACACACUCCGUCGGAGGACAGCGCCCUCCGCAGGAUAGUGCAUCUCUUCACCACAUCCGACGACGACUGCCUGGGCUUCAACAUCCGAGGAGGACGAGAGUUUGGACUGGGAAUUUACGUCUCGAAGUUGGACCCGGGCGGGGCGGCAGAGCAGCACGGCAUCAAAAUGGGGGAUCAGAUCCUGGCGGCCAACGGGGUCAGCUUCGAUGACAUCACACACAGCAACGCCGUGGAGGUCCUGAAGAGCCACACGCACGUCAUGUUAACCAUCAGGGAAGCUGGAAGAUACCCCGCAUAUAAGGAGAUGGUGGCGGAGUACGGCUGGCUGGACAAAUUUUCCAAUGGGUCCGCGUUGGCGUCGGGUUCCUCCCAGGGCUCCGAAUCUCAUUCGUCUGUGUCGUCGUUGUCAUCCAGUAACCCCGUGAGCUCCCUCAGCGCUCUCUCCCAGCUCAUGUUCCCCCCUCCCGUCUUUGGCUCCGACAUGGUGGACGUGGCCAUCUCCACGCAGGACCGGCGCGCCGCCCGCCCCGCCGCGGACACGGCGAUACAGACGGAGCCGCCCUGCGCCCGCGGCCGGACGGUCGGGGCCACGCUGCUUCUGAAGGACACGGUCAUACGAGGGAAGGGAGAGGGGCCCGCGGAGGUCAGCCGGGACGGGGAAGGACGGCACCGAGGUCCCGAGACCGAGGUCCUCAUGGCCCUCAGUAGGCCUCGCGAGCCCAUCAGACGUUCCCAGAGUCACAUCACCGUGUCAGAGGAGCAGAAGCAGAAGCAAGCAGAGAAGGAGAGACGCAGCCCAAAAGACAAACCCAAGCUGCGGCGCUCCAAAACGUUUGUCAACCUGUUUUUCAGGAAAGAUUGCAAAGAGAGGAACCCGUCCAGAGGAAAAGGUCACGUUGGGCCGACCUCCACCGGGGAGUCCCGCGCGGGACCGACGGGAGACCCGACGUCCCUGCGGCGCCUGGAGGACAUGUCCAACAAGCUGCUCGGCCGGGACGAGGUGGCCGCUGUCAUGAGACACUGUCAGCGGUUUUUAAGUGAGAAGGUUGUGGAGGAUCUGGUGCGUCCCCUCUUGGUCAUCUUGGACCGGCCAGAGAAGAUUCUACUUCUCAGAGAAAUAAGGCUGCUGAUUCCUCCAAGUGAGUUGAGUCAUUUCGAGAGCUUGGUGACGCCUUUUGAAGAGCAGGCCUACAAUCUGCUCAAGAGUCGAGCUGCUGUACGUUCUCCAGUCCUACGCUCCCCUCACCGUGGAACCCCUCGACGCCACCUCGUAACCCCCGUCCCAGACUACCGUGGCGGCUUCUUCCUCCAGCCCGUGCAGGAUGUGCAGCGGGCCGGUCAUGUGAUCGACAGCAAGGAGGGACUGACUUUGUCUCCAUUGCAGGCGUUCCCCCCCCUGCUGGACGUACCCGUGGACACCUCGGCUUCCUCCUCCUCCUCCUCCAACGGCCACGGAGGAGGCGAACGAGGGAGUCACCUGCGGGACUUUGCUGAUGUCAGCGUACGCGUUCCCUCGCCCCGACGCACCAGGAGCCCCGUGAAGGAUGUUUUUGAGAGCCCCCCCGCAGUCACGCUCAAGGGACGCUCGCACUCUGCACAAGACUACCGCGUCUCCACGUUGACCGUCUCCAAAAAAGCCAAACAGUCGCUGGGUAUUAGUGUGUCUGGAGGGCUCGAGUCGAGAGUCCAGCCAGUCAUCAAGAUUGAGAAGGUCUUCCCCGGAGGAGCCGCGUCAAUGAAUCCUGAUCUCAAGGCCGGCUACGAACUGCUGCGCGUGGACGGCGAGAGCCUGCAGGGCGUCACCCACCAGCACGCCAUCGACGCCAUUCGCCGUGCCUUCAGCAACAAGACCGAAGACCCCAUGGUGCUAGUGGUCAAGGUCCCGAAGGAGACCCUCAAGGACCCUGCUUACUAACAAUAAUGGGCUUCAUUUAUGAAGAAAUGCUAAAUUUUAUUUUAUUUUUUUAAAUAUUAA